GCCUCCGAUUCGUCUUCUUCGUGGGUCGCACCACCCUCUCCUCUCUCUCCUCCUCUUCUCUCUCUAGCCUAGCUCAGCUCUCUCAACUCUCUCUCUCCAGCUCCACCUUCUCCGAGGCCGCCAUUCCCAAGGUUACCACCACCACCACCACCACGCAGCAGCGGCCUAGGAGUACUUGCGGCGGCUGCUUGAUCGGUUUUCUUGGCUCGUCAGUUGCAGUAUUCCCUCCUCAAAAUAUAUAAAAAGGAAGGAGCUCCCUGAGGCUAGUUGGAUUGGAUGACGUCUCGUGAAAGUUGCAAGUGAUGGUGCUCUGACUGGUCUUUUGCCUUUGAUGUCUCUGCUGGUGAUGGGAUAAGUUGGCGCACUAUCUAUCUUGGCUGUGUGUUCUGUUGAAUCUUGUCUAGUUGUGGGUGUGUGUGUGAUGGGGUCGUCUGGUUGCAGCUCUGAGAUAGUUGAGUUCACCGAAGAAUUCGACGAUAAUGCGCCGGUUAGUUGCCCCAAUUUGAUGCAUAUUAGAGUGAAGCCUGAGGAGAAAGAUGGGAGGUGUUACCCUGUGGAGGAUGACCUUGAACAGCUUCUCAAGGCGAUCGACAGCAGGACCUUCCGUCGGACGCUUAGCCCUGGUCAGGCUGGCGCCGACGCUCUGCGGAAGAAUGGUCAGAAGAAAUCGUCUAGGUCUGGGCCGGCUCAAGCUGCGGGGAUCGGGAUUUCGUCCAAGCCUGUUAAUAUGAAGCAGGCGUUGAGGAGGCUGUGCAUUUCGCAGGCGUCGGAGAUGGCCGCGAUGAAGAGGCUGUCGAUGUCGCCUGGAUCAUCGAGUUCGUCGGAAGUGGGGACUAUCCACAGGCUUUAUGCCUCCUUGAUGGUCCAGAGCAACGGUGAGAGCCAUCUGCAUGAUGAUGAGAAGAUGAACUUGAUUGAGAUAUCGAUCACUCCAGAAAAGUUUAGUAAGAACUCGUCCAGAGCAACAAGCGAGUUCAGUGAAGACUGUGAUUUCGAGACAGCCGACGGGAGUGCAGUCACCUCCCUGCAUUCUGCAUCAUCUACCUCGGCUGAGAUACAGAAGAUCAGGAUCCAAGAUGUCAUCAGUGGUGACCCUAUAGACAGCGAGAGUUCUAUGGUGGAAAAUGAGAAAUUAAACAAGAAAGUUUCCACAGCUACCGACGGUAGCUCUCCCAGAGCCCCUAUCUUGAGCAAACCGAUCACUACCUCACGGCUUGUUAAGCCAGUCUUCCGAUGCAAGACCAUCGGUAAGAAGAAACUGAAAGAAGAACCACCUUCAUUGGGUACUUCCUCCAACAGUACAAAAUUCUGCUCUUCAAAGGAGUCCAUCUCCCUUGCAUCAACCAGUUGCUCUUCAACAUCCAGCAUAACAAAUCCCACUAGCUGUGCAGAUGAUGAGAAAACAAAUCUCGGGCCAGAAAAAUCUGGUGAUAAAUCGCCUGAGUGGUUAAGAUCAGAGGAAAAGGGGGAGUGCUCCCAGAAUUCAAACAGCAUUAGUGAGUAUGGAUGUAGCACGAGCAUCAGUGAUGAGAGCCAAUUUGGAUUGUGUAGCUACAACAACAGACCACACAUGGCAAAGGAUCUGCGUUGGAUAACCAUCCGUGAGUUGGCAUUGCAACAAGGAUCCUUAGGUCUUGACAAUUUCAAGCUUCUGAAGAGGCUUGGUUGCGGCGAUAUAGGGACUGUGUACCUAGCUGAGUUGGUUGAUUCAGAGUGCUUGUUUGCUUUGAAGGUUAUGGACAUAGAGUACCUGAUCAAUAGAAAGAAGAUGCUGCGUGCACAGGCUGAGAGGGAGAUUCUAGAAAUGCUGGAUCACCCAUUCCUUCCGACUCUUUAUGCCCAUUUUACCACAGACAAUCUUUCGUGCUUGGUCAUGGAGUACUGUCCAGGAGGUGAUUUGCAUGUUCUUCGUCAAAGACAACCUGGGAGAAGCUUUCCGGAACCAGCUGCAAGGUUUUAUGUUGCAGAGGUUCUCCUUGCACUUGAAUAUCUUCACAUGUUGGGGGUCAUAUACCGUGAUCUUAAGCCUGAGAACAUCCUAGUCCGUGAAGAUGGUCACAUUAUGCUAUCGGACUUUGACUUGUCCUUAAGGUGCUCAGUGAACCCCGUACUCCUCCGAUCAUCCUCUGUAGCAGCAAACCAUCAACCAAGGAAGCUUGCAGGACCUUGUGCAGAAAGCAGCUGCAUCAGUUCAUCAUGCCAGCCUUCUUGUGCCCAAACAUCUUGUUUCAUGGCACGUCCUCCAUUGCCAAAGCCUCGGAAGCCUAAAUCUUCACACAGAAAGCUCCCUCAGCUUGUUGUUGAACCUAUAGAUGCAAGGUCCAAUUCCUUUGUAGGAACACACGAGUACCUCGCACCAGAAAUCAUCAAAGGGGAUGGUCAUGGUAGUGCUGUGGACUGGUGGACCUUUGGCGUCUUCCUUUAUGAACUGUUGUACGGUAAGACACCUUUCAGAGGUCCUGGGAAUGAUGAAACAUUGGCAAAUGUGGUUUCGCAGAAUCUCAAGUUCCCAGAAAAUCCAUCUGUCAGCAGUAAUGCCAAAGAUCUUAUCAAAGGUUUGCUAGUGAAGGAGCCAGAGAACAGACUUGGAUCAUUGAGAGGAGCAGCUGAAAUCAAGCAACACCCUUUCUUUGAAGGCUUAAAUUGGGCCUUGAUACGAUCUGCCGCUCCUCCAGAGACGCGACCCUGUGACGUUGUGACCCUCACGACAGCGAAGAAGAAGAAAGAAGGCAAGUGCCUGGAGUUCAGGAGUAACUCUGAGGACCUGGAAUUUGAAGUUUUUUAG